CAGUUCAAUUUGCUGGUUUAUUAUAGGUGUGGAUAUCAGUAUGAACACACAUUUGAAAACAGUGAAACUUACGCUGAAGGGGAAAAAUCCAGUAACUUUGGACCACCUUAGUGUGAGGGGUAACAACAUUCGUUAUUAUAUUCUUCCUGACAGUUUGAAUCUUGAAACAUUGCUGGUUGAAGAGACGCCUAGGGUCAAGCCCAAGAAGCCAACUGCCGGGAGGCCUGUUGGGGGACGUGGUCGGGGCCGUGGACGUGGUCGCGGACGUGCUCGUGGUGGCCGUUAAAUAUGUUGCACCGAUUCCAAUUUUUCGCAGCACCUGGUUAUGUAAACAUCUAAGUUGUAGUAGAGUAUGUUGGUGAUCUCAAGGACAAAAAAAGAGUUGUAUUGUUAUCUAAUUUUCUAUUUCACUUAUUACCCAGGGAAGUUUGAUUGUGAAUUCUGAGUUUCACUCCGGUGUUUUGAU